AUGGGGCGACCGCGCGGACGCGGACGGGCGUCGGCGAGCGACGGCGCGACGCCCGCGCUCGCGAGCGCCGAGCUCGUCGUCAUCGCGAACGAUGGACACGAAGAUGCGCGCGUGGUGACGACCCCGGGGGUGUACGCGAUGUACGACGCGGGCGGGACGCUGCAGUACGUCGGGCUGUCGCGGAGGGUGCGGGCGAGCGUGAAGACGCACGCGUUUGAGAUCCCGCAGUACUGUCACGCGGUGCGGUGUUUGGCGAUGCCGGACGCGAGUAAGGCGGAAUUGCAAACGGCGUGGAAGACGUGGGUGAUGGAACACGUGGCGGCGAGCGGUGGAUUGCCGCCGGGGAACGCGCCGGGGAACAAACUCUUCAGCGAGCGACGGGCGAGACCGAGCAAGGCGUGCGUGCGAUUGAGCGAUGGGAAGGAUCCGGAGAUGUCCGCGGAGGCGCUGACUGAGGCAAUCGCGAGGUGCGUGAAGGAUCACAAGGUUGUGGCGUUCAUCAAGGGCACGCGCGAGGAACCAGACUGCGGCUUCUCGCAUCGCGUGGUAAACGUCUUACACGAUUUAUCGAUCGAUUUCGACACGGUGAAUGUGUUAGACGAUUACUACAAUCCGAACCUACUCUUCGUUUUGAAGGACUUUUCCGACUGGCCGACUAUUCCUCAGCUUUACGUCAACGGCGAGUUCGUCGGCGGUCAUGAUAUCGUCAACUCGAUGUACGAGUCUGGUGAGUUGAAAAAGUUAGUGGGCGCGGCGUAG